AUGGCCGAUCGCUCACCGUACCCGCAUUCGACCGCUUCGGAUUCCGACUCGCAACAUACUUUCCACAUCGCCCACAAUGCUCCUUCAACGCUACCUAAACCACCAGCUCCUGUAGUCGUCCGAAAUUCAUCAGGGGAACUUAACGAGAAGCAAGGAGAUGACAGCGACCAUGAUGUCGAGAGACGGACCACUAGGUCACCUCGCAGGACCCAAGAGAUGACCGAGCGAUACAACCCUUACUUUGGACACAGUCCAUACGGUCGAUCAAGCAUUUCUUCGGAGGAGGAUGAUCACUUGGUAGACCAACGUCUGCAUCUCGAGUCCAAGGCUAUCAAGAUACUGCUCUACCUGUCUGGUCCUUGUGUCUUGGUUUCCUUCCUCCUCUGCAUCUGGUCCUUAAUUGUCUCUUUCUUCACCGUCCUAACCUAUCCUCUGCGGUUCUUCUCCGCCUCUCGCCAAUCCCUCCCAGACGAGCUCUGCUCACUCCUCGCUCGCUCAAAUCGUCUUCAACUUCGAGCAAUCUACUCUUUCAAUGUUGUCCAAGGAAAGAGCGCCUCAAGUCUGCUACUGGUCCAUGUUCUCUCUCCUUUCGUCGCCAUGGCUGUGUCUCUUAGCGCCUGGGCUGUCGCCAUCUAUUGGGUCUUCGCUGCCAUGAUUGGCGAUCCCGAUGGCACUGAAGGCGGAAAUGACGGUAGAGCUACUGUCCUCGGUCUUCGAGCUUACUGGGAAAUGUGGCUCUGUAAGGCCAUGAUCCAAUAA